UUGGUCGUGGUGGCCAUCUUGUGGUGACGGGCUCGCAUUGUUCCAGGCCGGGGAGGUGGGAGCCGGGUUUCAGAGCUAUCAUCCGAGAAGAAAGAACAACAAAGAGCGGAUCUUCUACCGUCACCGGGGCGGCCUGACCUUCAUCUACACCGACUCGGUUUCCCGCCGGGUCCCUUAGGACGGAGAGGGGCCCGGAAUCAUGGAGGACGAGCUGCCCAAGACGCUGUAUGUGGGUAACCUGUCUCGAGAUGUCACAGAAGCACUCAUACUUCAGGUGUUCAGCCAGAUCGGUCCUUGCAAAAGCUGCAAGAUGAUUAUGGAUACCGCUGGAAAUGACCCCUACUGCUUUGUGGAGUUUUAUGAACACCGCCAUGCCGCUGCAUCCUUGGCUGCUAUGAAUGGGCGAAAGAUAAUGGGCAAGGAAGUAAAGGUUAACUGGGCCACCACUCCUAGCAGCCAAAAGAAAGAUGCGAACAGUAGUUCCGUUGUCAACACACUGCGUUCUCAAGAUCAUUUCCAUGUUUUUGUUGGUGAUUUGAGUCCCGAGAUAACAACCGAUGACAUUAAAGCUGCCUUUGGACCUUUUGGAAGAAUAUCAGAUGCACGAGUAGUGAAGGACAUGACAACUGGAAAAUCAAAAGGCUAUGGCUUUGUGUCUUUCUUCAACAAAUGGGAUGCAGAAAGUGCUAUUGCACAGAUGGGAGGACAGUGGCUUGGUGGUCGCCAAAUCAGGACAAACUGGGCCACGAGAAAACCUCCAGCCCCAAAAAGCACCUAUGAAUCAAAUACAAAACAGUUGUCUUAUGAUGAGGUGGUCAACCAGUCAAGCCCCAGCAACUGCACUGUGUAUUGUGGUGGUGUUACAUCCGGGUUAACAGAACAACUUAUGCGUCAGACUUUUUCCCCAUUUGGUCAAAUAAUGGAGGUUCGAGUUUUUCCAGAUAAAGGGUACUCUUUUGUACGGUUUAAUUCUCAUGAAAGUGCAGCUCAUGCUAUAGUUAGUGUGAAUGGAACUACUAUUGAAGGUCAUGUGGUAAAGUGCUACUGGGGCAAGGAGACUCCAGAUAUGCUGAAUCCAGUACAACAACAAAGCCAAAUUAGCUUUCCGCCAACAUAUGGACAAUGGGGACAGUGGUAUGGAGGAGCUCAGCAAAUAGGCCAGUAUAUGCCCAAUGGUUGGCAGGUGCCUGCGUAUGGAGUGUACGGUCAAGCUUGGAAUCAACAGGGCUUUAGUCAAACACCAUCAUCUGCAGCAGCGGCAGCAGCAGCGGCAGCAUGGGUGGGACCAAAUUAUGGUGUUCAACCUCAACCUGGACAGAAUGGAACUCUGAUCACAAACCAAACAGGCUAUCGUAUGGCUGGAUACCAAACGCAAUGAGAGGAAGGACUCCCAACACACACCAGCUGUCUGUUGCUGGCCCAUUUGUUUACUUUGAUACCAUUCUAUAAUCAUGUCCGUGCAGAUGUCAGAUACAGUAUAUUUAUUAAAAUACAACAAAAAGUAACCAUUUUUUUAAUCAUGACAUGUUCACCAACUUGGUUAAAAACAAACUACAAAAAUAACUAGAGAUGCUGGAUGUUUGCCAAUUUUUGCCUUCCUUUUCUUUUUUUUCUUUUUUUUUUUUUUUUCCAUUUUAUUUUUUAUAUUAUAUGUAACUGUUACUUAACCUGGUCUCUCUUGAAGAGGGCAGCCAAGCCUUGUCAGAUCAUCUUUGGCAGAAAAAGGGUUAAGUUCAUUUGAAAAUAAUAAAAAACAAUGCAGGGAUCACUGCCAUUUUGGGCAGAAAAUUGCACAAAAAUGUCUAUUUUUUUUUUUUUUUUUCCUUUUCUUUCACUGAAGUAGCGUGCAGUUUUAGAUUGCAUUCCUAGUAUGAAUUGAGAUGUAUUAUAAAGUUUAAUUGUACAAUAUUUGUGAAGUUGUGUUUUGUGAAGGUUAGUUUUUGUUUCCUUCCUUGAAACCUUCAAUGUGGAAAAUAAUUUUCCUAUUCAGAUUGUACGCACUGUUUAAAAUUCUUUAUGGCCCAUUUUGUUGGUUUACAUAAAUUUUGUAUCUAGACCAUUUUAAUUAUUUUUUUUUUCGCCUUAAAUUUGACCUUUGGAGGGCUGAAGACUAUCACUGUCGGCUCCCCUUCAAUGAACAAAGGGUUGAAGUUUUUCAUCUUAUAAACUAAUGUGACAUGAUCUGAGCCUGUACAUGAGAACCUGUUUGAUUUUUUUUCCCUCUCCUAUGAGAAGGUGCCUAGGAAAAAAGAAUCCCCACUGGAUUUGUUUCUCAAGGAUUUUUAUCUUCUGUGAUCAAAACAGUUAUGUGGAAACAGGAAUGAGAACUGCUAUAUUCCUGUGUAACUAAAUGAUUUAGAAAUGUGAUAAAUUCUUAAUGAACUAG